CGCUUCGCCGCGCUCGAGCUGCGCGCGCGGAGCACGCAGGCGCAGGGCGCGGGGGCGGUCACUCCCGUGGCGGUGGCGGUGGCGCUGGCAGGCAUGGUGCUUGUGGCGGAGGCGGCCGUGGUCAUCGCGGGCCUGGCGGCCGCGUCGGAGGCGCGCUGCCCGCGGGGCAUCGCGGCAGUCGAGGGGAUCGUCGUGAAGGUCGAAGUGCGUGUGCUCGCGACCUCCAAGCUGGUCGAGCUGGCCAAGUACACGGAUGGCUCGGCGAACGAGCUUGGUCAGGAGGGGAUCGCGCCCGCGUUCGAGGUGAACUACCUUGGCGCCGAGGAUCCCUGCGACAUCGCGGAAAUGGAGCGGGCGUUCAUCGACCUGGACGGGGACUCGUGGCUGCAGGCUGAUGAGGUCUUCAGUGAUGCGGUCAUCCACGUGGCCCGCUGGCGCUAUGCCGCGCUGCCCUGCAAGGGCUACAAGGUGCUCACCGAGCCGCGCGCGGGCCCUCCCGCGGACGACGAGGCGAGGAGCCGCAGCCCACGGCGCGAGGCCUCCACGGGGGCUCGUGGUUCCCGCGAUGGCGGAGACCGUGGCGACGCUUCUGACAGCGUUGGUGCUGGAGGUGGCACGAGCACUCGGGCUGCAGCUCCAGGCGCCAGGGAGCGCGACCUCCGAGGCAAGCUCGGCGCGCCCUUAUGGACCGCCCUCAGGGCGAGGCCGAUCGAGCAGGCGGCAAGGCGCCCGCGGCCACUGCUGUGGAGCGCGCAGCCCAGCUCGCGGCUGCCGAGCGCGCCGACGCCGACGUCGCUCGUGGAGACCAGGGCCGCCACCGCCGGCGCGAAGGCCCUUGGCCGAGACCGCUCUGGCAGCCUGCAGGAGAAGCUGGCCGGCAAGGUCCACGGUUGCAGGAGCAGCAGCGGCGGCAGCUCGGGGCCACAUGUUACGGGCGCCCGACUCUCCGCGCGGGACCGUGCCAAGCGCGCGGUGGAAAGGAAGCCGGGCAAGAUCGCGCAGCGCGCGAUGGCGAAGAUGCGGCGUUAUUUGCAGGGGAACAACGCGGUGGUCGACGACGCGGACCUGGCGUUACUGGCGUUCGUCACGCACUUCGCGAGCGAGUUCACCCCGAGCACGAAGAGCACGCUUCCAGCGAGGAACGACCAGGAGGUGCGCGCCCUCGCGGCCGCUGUGGACUGCGUGCCCCGCGGCGACCUGGCCCGCGCGACGGGCGCACUGGUCCGGCAGUUCAAGAGCGCGGGGCAGCUGCACUACUACCGCGACGAGCAGGCCGACACGAGGAUGCAGCGUCUCCAGCAGCAGGCCACCGAGUGCGGUUCGAGGAUCAGGCGGAGCGAGUUCGCGUCGGCCCUGGCAGCCCAGCGAGCGCGGUCCGCCGCGAG